AUUAGGUGGUUUGUUUGACCGGCGGCGCCACCACCACAAAGUCGUAGAAAAAGUCCCUCCGACCACUUGUCACCACACUCAUUUAGCUCUUAUCACUUCUAUCUCUCUCUCUCUCUCUCUCAUCCACAAAAACAACCAUUACUAUAUCUAAAAACUAGGACUGGUACUAUUCCUCUUCACCAUACAACCCUACAAUAAUUUUCACUACAAGAACAUAACUCCACCGCUUUUCUUCUCCAUUCUUAAUUUUAUCUUAGUCUGCUUCUUUUUUAAUUAUAUUUUAUCACUCAUUCAUUUUUUUUUCUUUUUCUCUAGUUUUUUUCUCGUUGUAUGGCUUUGAUUGUUGAUCCACAAUCAAACUUCAAGCAUUUUUGUAAAAUUUGCAAGAAAGGUUUCGGGUGUGGAAGAGCUUUGGGCGGUCACAUGAGGGCUCAUGGAAUAGGUGAUGAGAAUAGUCAUAUGGACGAUGAAGACCCAGGAAGCGAUUGGGAAGAUAAAUUAGGAGGAAAUAUCCCUCCUACCAAUAAAAGAAUGUAUGCAUUGAGAACAAACCCUAAUCGGUUAAAAAGUUGUCGUGUUUGUGAAAAUUGUGGAAAAGAAUUUUUGUCUUGGAAAUCUUUCCUUGAACAUGGCAAAUGCAGUUCCGAGGAUGCAGUUUCCUCCCCAGGAUCCGAUUGUGAGGAUGGCACGCCGAGAAGAGGUUGUGGUUGGUCUAAAAGGAAAAGAUCGUUCAGAGCUAAAGUUGGUAAUUUUAGCUCAAAUUGCCCGUCAAGCGAAGAAGAAGAUCUUGCAAAUUGUCUUAUGAUGUUAUCUAAUGCAACAGUUGACCUUUCAGUAGCCGAACCGGAAGAGUCAUGUGCUUCGGCUAGUAAAGACGAGGAGAGAAGAAAUCCGAUGAAUUUUAUAGCUCCUAUGGCCUAUAGGGCGCCGAAAAUGGAUAAGGCCAAAGGAGUUGCUAACAAAGGAAUGUUCGAAUGCAAAGCAUGCAAGAAAGUUUUUAAUUCUCAUCAAGCAUUAGGUGGACAUAGAGCAAGUCAUAAGAAGGUUAAAGGAUGUUUCGCAGCUCGAUUGGAUCAAGGACCAGAUGAUAGUCUAGUUGACGAUGAUGUUAUUACACAUGAAGAAUUUUUUCCAGCAAAAUCAACGUCAACUUUUCAAUUCGAUCACGGUCCCAAUCAUGCACCGUUGCCUUCUACUUCAAAAAGGAAAUCAAAAGUACAUGAAUGUUCUAUAUGUCAUCGUGUAUUUUCGUCGGGACAAGCUUUGGGUGGCCAUAAGAGAUGCCAUUGGAUUACUUCAAAUUCACAAGAUGCAUCUUCUUUGGCCAAAUUUCAUCAAUUUCAAGAUCAUAUAGAACAAAUUCAACAAAGACCCAAGUUUAUUAAUAAUCCUGAGACGCUUGAUCUUACACUUGAUCUGAAUCUGCCUGCUCCGGCUGAUGAUCAUAACCGGCGGGACCAACCUGCAAACCCUCCUAACUUUGAAGUUUCUACAGAAAUUUAUUUACAAACAUGGAUAGGCGUUGAAGCUAAAGUAAAAGGCGAUAGUCACCACCAACACCAUUCAAAUGAGGAUGAUAAUGAAAACAACAUCAACAACAACAACAAUAACAAUAAUUGUAAUGGUAAUUCAAUGCAGAAUGUGGAUGAUGAAGCAGACAGUAAGGUUAAGUUAGCAAAGCUUAGUGAACUAAAAGACAUGAACAUGAAUGGAAGCUCAUCUCCAUGGUUGCAGGUAGGGAUUGGUUCAACCACAGAUGUGGGUGCUGACCCCUAAAAGUUUUGGAAGCUAUAUGAAGGUCUUCCCUUUUUACAUUUUCUGGAAUUUUUAUUAUUUCCAAUUUUGUAUUUAAAAACUGUAAUUACAGACUUAACAGGUUCAUAACUAUAACUUUAUACCAUUUACUGUAACUUUUUUGAUGGAGAUUGUAGAAAUUCCCAUGAAUAUUAAUCAUGGAGAAGAUUAAUCUAAAUAAACAUAUAUACGUCAUUA